AAGUAGAACCCAACUCGUCAUCAGCUGCUAGCAUACAAGGCUAACAAGUCAAUAUGCGGCCGUCGCCGGUGUGCCAAACAAACUGAAAGUAGUCAUGGCAGACCCGUGGCGUACGUUGUGACAACGUGACGAGAUGAUGAACGACAUCUCCGAGGAACCGGAGAAGGACAGCUUGCUGGAAGCUUCGGCGAGUCCACACAAUUUGACGGGGCCCGGGAGCGGCACAAGACCCAAAACCAGCGAUGGAGUCAUCAGGCCUAUGGAGAAAAGAGGACCUUACAUCAUGUCCAGAGCGCCAGCCAUCCACCUCAAGCUGCAGAAACACAGGGAGUUAGCCAGGAAAGCUCUGAAGAAGAAAGCUCUGGCACCGGGACCUCCCGUUAUGCAUCAGCCCAGACAAGGAGCCAAGAGGAAAGUCAAGUAUAACAAGGGCUACACUGCCUUGAGUCAGCAUGCGGAGGAAACUUUGAUUGCACUGGAUUCGGACAGCGAUGAAGAGAUUGAUUUCGAGCAGUGUUCCUCCGGCUACUCCUCAGCCGAGGUCCACCCUGACUUAAGCAAGCAGCUGCUUCAGGACGGCUACCGUCUGGAUGAGAUCCCCGACGACGAGGACCUGGACCUGAUCCCGCCCAAAGCCAUGGGCUCCUCCGUGUGCUGCUGCACCGAGGGCCCGUCCUGCUGCACGCAGUGAGGCUGAAGCUUCGGACUUAAAAACAGGUUUGGUAUCAAGACACCGGCGCUCGCUGCCUUUACCGCUUAAUCUGGCAACACUGCUGCUUCCUGCUCCUGGAGCCAGAAGCUCCUCCUCUCCUCCUCCUCCUCCUCCUCCUCCUCUUCUUCUAGUUCUUCUGCAUGAAGAAGAGUGGCAUGACAUGACAGCACAGAUGGACAACAAGAAAAAAAGCCUUAUCCACUGUGACUCCAAAGCUAUUUUUUAUGUUCAUGGUAUUUGUUUUUCUACAUGAGACGCUAACUAUGCUAGCAUUCUCAAUACAGAGGCGAAGGUCCCUUGAACGCCCCAUGGAGAGCCCACAGUGCUCUGAUGAUGAAUGAUGACAUUCCCUGACUGCUGUUACACUAACAUGCCACCUAUUCCAACAAUUUAUCAGCUUCAAGUAUUUAGAUAUGAUUACAAAAUACACUUAUGGGGACGACAAAGACCUUUUUUACUGGGUUGUAUGAAAUAUUUGACCAUAAUUAGUGACUGUCGUCUUAUAAUGAUAUCAUCACCUGCACUUACAGUACUUAUACAGGAGUGUUUAUACAGUGAGUGGGCCACACUGAAAAGAAAAAAAACAAUGCUAGCACUGCACUUCCUGUGUCUACCAGCUCAUCAAGUCCUGUUUCAGCAUGUUUGACAUCACGUCAUUUUCCUUUAACAGCACCACUUUAUUCUCAUAACAUUACCAUGUUAUUCUUCAAAUAUUUACAACAGUUGCUCUUGGAAUAUUAUUAGCCAUCCAUUUUCUAUGCCGCUCAUCCUCAAUAGGAUCGUGGGGGUAUGCUGGAGUCUAUCCUGGCUGACUUUGGGCGAGAGGCGGGGUGCACCCUGGACGGGUCACCAGCCAGUGGCAGGGCACAUAAAGACAAAGAAACCAUUCACACUCACAUUCACACCUAUGGCCAAUUUAGAGUCUAUAACGCAGGCAAGGGGAGAACAUGCAAACUCCACACAGCGAUGCCCUAACGGAGAUUCGUACCACUGACGGCGUGGCCAACAUGCUAAGCACUAGGCUGGAAUAUUAUGAUUUAUUCAUGAAAUGGUAGGAUUUAUUACAAUAGGACGUUAUUUGAGUGACAUUACAACAUCCUUCUUGGAACAUUUCAACUUUGUCCUUAAUGUUCAAUUACGACGUUAUUCUCAUAACGCUAUGACUUUAUCCUGGUAGUACGAGUUUAUGCUCUGAAUGUUAAAUGUUAUUCAUGUUAUUCACUAAUUGUGACUUUUUGUAAUAUUACGUCUUCAUUUUCUUAACGUUAUGGCUUUAUUCUUGGAAAAUGACUACUCCUACCACUAGUAGUACUGCUGCUGCUGGGAACAUUGCGCAAUAUGAGUUCAUUCUUUCCUAACGUAACAUUAGCAUUUGCUGCGCCUGACAUCACAACUUCAUUCUUGGAACAUGACCAUCGUCCCUUGCUACAUCACGCCCUCAGUCUAUCACGGUUGUUAAAAAAAUUGGUCUCUGGGUGUCGGUGACGUUACAUUGAUGAGACAAUAACCACCAGGAAGUAUGCAGUGCGAAUGAUCUUAUUUACAGUAAUCUAAGAGGCUUCUUUUCUAUGAUUGUGUCUACUAUAUUGGGUAAUACAAGUGUAAAGGUGACUAUGGGGGUGUUAUUUCAUAUCUACAGGGCUCUAGUAAUGGUAAAACCCGUAUUUAGAAGGUCACAAACAAGUUUUCUGUGCUCCAUGAAAAUAUUGUAUUUAUUAAUAUCGAAUCCUACUUUGCAGAAAUUCACCUAUCACGGUCAGGUCUGGACCCCAGCUGUAUAACUUUUUCCUGUAUUACGUUAUUCUCAAAAUAUUUACAUUUAUUCUUAGAAUAGAUUACUUUUAUUCCCAAAAUAUCAGCACUUUAUACACUGACGUUAUUCCAGUAACAUUACAACUUUGUGGGUAAUAUUGUAUUCCGGCCUUACGCCUUACUCUCAUAACCCCACGACUUUAUUCUCUUAUAUUCUGAUGGUAUUUUCAUGACAUGACAUUAUUCUUAGCUCAAUACUUUUGACUUCUGUACUUUUAACUAUUUUCUUUUCAGCGUGGCCCUGGUACUCGUUUGUAUUGAGCCACUGGAAGGAGAUAAUGAAAGUUAAACGUACAUUACUCUACUUUCAAUAGAAGCGAGUGCGUGGAGAAGCAAAGGCAAAAGGAAGUGACACGUGCAAAAUAUCUCAAGUUUCAAAAGACACACACUCCAGAUUUCCCUAAAAACCUAUUGUAUGUGGUAAAUUUAGAUUUGGAAAUGAAUUUUGGUGUGUGUUGAAAUAUUUAAACACCUUAAUUGGACUUAUUGUUUGAUUGUGCUGAUGGCAAAAAUUUAAUAUCACUCCAGGAAAGAAGCCAUGUUGAGUCAAGAAUGUGUCUGCCGAUGGUAUAAUAGUUAUUUAUUUAUAAUUUAAAGAGAUGGAAAUAAUAUGAAGACUCUAGAUUGAAAUAAUCUGUUUAUUGUAGUGGUUUAAUUCCCCACACAAUCACCUCUUUAAUAUGCAGACAAUAUAUAUAUAUAUAUAUAUAUAUAUAUAUAUAUAUAUAUAUAUAUAUAUUUUGCAAACAUUCCCAUUUAAAAUGUGUCCCAUUAUGUUACAGUCUGUAUUGUUCAAACUGCAUUUAUGAAUAUUACUGACUCUCUGGAGAGGUUUACAUUUAUGGACUAUAAAAACACUUGAAAAUAUGUUAUUUCUUUUCCAGUGUUGAGCGGUUUUGACCCUCAAAUGAAUGAAUACUUUCAUAGCGCUCCAAUAUUUGUCAUGUUGCGGUGCAAACCACCUCAUUGUCUUUGGGAAAAGAAAUGACUUUUAAUGCAUGAAAGUGUGUGUGCGUGGGAGGACAUUGACUAGCAAUGCAGGAUUUUUUUUUCUUUCUUUGAAAUGACGCUAAAAGUGCACUCAUUUAAAACUCCACAAUGUAUGUUGUGUUGCACUUACUGUACAACACACCAGUGGUCAGUAGCAAGUACACUCACGUCAACAUGUGCUAUGCAACUGCUGGACAAUCUGCUCAUCUCUUACUGAGAAUUCUAAUAAAGACUAUUUUAUGAUGGUUCACACGUAUCUUUUUUAAGUUACGACUG